AUGAGUCUUCCACUGCUGAAGCUUGGCGCUGUGCUUAGCACCAUGGCAAUGAUAUCAAACUGGAUGUCCCAAACUCUCCCAUCCUUGGUAGGACUGAACACCACGAGGCUAUCAACGCCAGAUACCUUAGUAAGUCACUCCGGUGGUUCAGAAAAGUUUACACUAUUCAUUAGCCCCAAAGAAGGAUGGCAGGUAUACAGCUCAGCACAGGAUCCUGAUGGACGAUGCAUUUGCACAGUGGUUGCUCCAGAACAAAACCUGUGCUCCCGGGAUGCCAAAAGCAGGCAGCUUCGCCAGCUGCUGGAAAAGGUUCAAAACAUGUCUCAGUCUAUUGAAGUCUUAAACUUGAGAACUCAGAGAGAUUUCCAAUAUGUUCUAAAAAUGGAAACCCAAAUGAAAGGGCUGAAGGCCAAGUUUCGGCAGAUUGAAGAUGACCGGAAGACACUAAUGACCAAGCAUUUUCAAGAGUUGAAAGAGAAGAUGGACGAGCUCCUGCCCUUGAUUCCUGUGCUGGAACAGUACAAAACAGAUGCCAAGUUAAUCACCCAGUUCAAGGAGGAAAUCCGGAAUCUGUCUGCCGUCCUCACUGGAAUUCAGGAGGAAAUUGGAGCCUAUGACUAUGAGGAACUACAUCAAAGGGUGCUUAGCUUGGAAACCAGACUUCGUGACUGCAUGAAAAAGCUAACAUGUGGCAAAUUGAUGAAAAUCACAGGCCCAGUUACAAUCAAGACAUCUGGAACCCGAUUUGGCGCUUGGAUGACAGAUCCCUUAGCAUCUGAAAAAAAUAACAGAGUUUGGUACAUGGACAGUUAUACUAACAAUAAAAUUGUCCGUGAGUACAAAUCAAUUGCAGACUUUGUCAGCGGGGCCGAAUCGAGGACAUACAACCUCCCUUUCAAAUGGGCAGGAACUAACCACGUUGUCUACAAUGGCUCACUCUAUUUUAACAAGUAUCAGAGUAACAUCAUCAUCAAAUACAGCUUUGAUAUGGGGAGAGUGCUUGCCCAAAGAAGCCUGGAGUAUGCUGGUUUUCACAACGUUUACCCUUACACAUGGGGUGGGUUCUCUGACAUCGACUUAAUGGCUGAUGAAAUCGGGCUGUGGGCUGUGUAUGCAACUAACCAGAAUGCAGGCAAUAUUGUCAUCAGCCAACUUAACAAAGAUACCUUGGAGGUAAUGAAGAGCUGGAGCACUGGCUAUCCCAAGAGAAGUGCGGGGGAAUCCUUCAUGAUCUGUGGGACACUGUAUGUCACCAACUCCCACUUAACUGGAGCCAAGGUGUAUUAUUCCUAUUCCACCAAAACCUCCACAUAUGAGUACACGGACAUUCCCUUUCAUAACCAAUACUUUCACAUAUCCAUGCUUGACUACAAUGCAAGAGAUAGAGCUCUUUAUGCCUGGAACAAUGGUCACCAGGUCCUAUUCAAUGUCACCCUUUUCCACAUCAUUAAGACUGAGGAUGACACAUAA